CGGUUAUUCCUCGGCCUUCCAAUGUUCAUAAGUGACCUAGCUCGAAGAUGUAACCCGUGGAGAUAAAACGAUCCAGCCUAUGAACAAGCGCACUUACGCCCUUAAUUACAUGGGCGAUUACUAAACACAUAUUCGGGAUUUGAAUGCCAAUUCCAUAGCAAGCCGCGCCCUUCCUGAUUUGUCAAUAACCCACCCGUAUGGGUUAAGAGUAGCCUUUAUAUAUUUCAUGCAAUGUAGAGCGUGAAUAAGCACCAAAUGGGGUCGCGGGUGAAUUAAGAGCCUAGUCGCCCGUGUAAGGGGUUUGAUGAUGAUACCUUUGCUGGUUUAAAUACGUGUUCGAUCUGAAACAUCAUCUAGUUAAUUUGGAUCGUUGGACUUGACGUCGCUUGCGAUAUACGAAACUGACUUACUUACCUUCUGUAAAACCUAUCAAUAAAGCGGUUAACGAUAUACUAUACCAACAAUGUCGACGUGGAUGAAAUCCGACCCAGACAAACCCCUCGACCCGAACGCCUAUCAUACCGGCGAACGAGCCGUUCAGAAACUUCUUCUACCAGCGCCGUUGUUGCAUAAUCCAACACAUCAUAGUCUACCGCCGCAUUUGGAACUGCGUGUUGCGCAGUCGCCGCUUGUGGCGUUUGGCACGUUGGAUGGGAGGGGUAGGCCUUGGGUUACGGUUUGGGGAGGGGAGGCUGGGUUUUGUAGUCCUGUGGCGAGGGAUGUGCUUGGUGUGAGGGCGGGUGUUGGGGAGGACCCGGUUGUUGAUGCGAUUUGGGGUGGUGAUGGAGGCUUGGAGGAUGGGGAUGAAGUUGUUGUUAAGCCUGAGGGUGGGAAGGUUAUGGCGGGUUUGUCGAUUGAUCUUGAGACUCGCGAUCGGGUUAAGCUUGCCGGGCGCAUGGUUGUGGGUGUUGCGUCGAGACGAGCUUUUGAUACGGAGAAGGGGAACGGCUUGGUGGAUUUGCAGCUUGCGAUGAGAGUCGAGGAAUCGCUUGGGAACUGCCCGAAGUACCUCAAUAAAAAACAUAUCGUCCCGCAUAUACCCUCACCCCAGCCCAUGAGCGUAGGAACUGGUAUGCCGCUGCCGAGGGAGGCGGUGGAUUUGAUUCAUAGGGCGGACUUGUUCUUUAUUGCGAGCAAGCAUAGUGGUCAUGCUGGUGCGCCGAGUACAAUGGAUGUGAAUCAUCGCGGUGGACCACGCGGGUUCAUGCGUGUACUUCAAAACGAGGCAAAGACUGGAACUACGUUACUUUAUCCUGAGUACUCGGGUAACCGUCUGUACCAGACGCUGGGGAAUCUGUAUGAUGACCCGUACGCUGGCAUCGUGGUACCGGACUUUGAAACCGGCGAUGUGUUAUAUGUGACCGGGCGGACAGCGAUACUGACUGGUGCUGAGGCGGGCGAGUUGAUGCCUCGCGCCAAGUUGGUAAUACGGAUUGACGUCGAGGAGGCUAGGUUUGUGAAGGAUGGCUUGCCAUUCAGGGGAGAAGUAAUCGAUUAUUCGCCAUACAACCCCGUGGUGAGAAAGCUAGCUUCUGAAAAUCAUGCUGGUAUUGCUGGUGACGGAGGCGAGGAUACAUUGACGGGAAGACUAGUCAGCCGAAAAAUAAUCACGCCAAAUAUCGCCAGAUACGUGUUCAAACUCAAAGAAGGGAAGAAGGCGAAGGAGUUCAAGCCGUGGCUCCCGGGUCACCAUGUCACGCUGGAUUUCUCAGCGGAGUUAGACGUAGGGUAUUCACACAUGCGGGAUGAUGACCCGCAGAGUCUGAACGAUGAUUUCGUCCGCACCUUUACUGUUAGUGGACCACCGCCAGACAUGGGCGCUGUCGGUGAACCGGAGUUUGAGAUUACAGUUAGAAGACAUGGUCCGGUUACACGACUGCUUGAGCGCUGGAAUAUGAGAGCACCCCUCGAAAUUCCGGUACUUGGAUUUGGUGGCGCUGAGGGGUUCAGAUUACCUACAGGAGGAGAUGCGAGCGGUGAGGACGUAAGUGUGUUCAUUGCUGCAGGCGUGGGGAUUACGCCUGUGAUGGCACAGGCUGAGGGCGUACUAAGGAGUAGCCGUGGGAAGGGGUUUAGACUGAUAUGGAGUCUAAAGGGCGAGGAUAUGCCUCUUGCAGUAGAUGUAUUAGAGAGGACAGUUGGGUUAGGGGAGGUAACUACACUCUUCGUUAGUAGUGGUAUGAGUGAAAAGGAGAAAACUUUGGCGGAUACGGUCAGAGGGUUGGGGACUAAAAUAGUAGAGAGAAGGAUAGAAAAGAAUGAUUUAUUGUCACAGGGAGAGAAGGGGAGAAGGAAGUUUUACUCCUGUACGGGUCCUGCGAUGACGAAGAUACUGCUAGAGUGGGCAGACGGUGAAGAUAUGCUCUAUGAGAGCUUUGAGUAUUGAUACUAUAACAACACUCUAGUCGAAGCUUCAUUGAGAUGGUUGAACGGGAUUGAAUAGGGCUCAAGAUAUUUGGGUACUUGUGUUGUUUCUAUGCCGCUUUCCUACUAAUUUUCGUCAAAUAUGUAAGUGGCUGCUGAGUGGCUUUGAUUUGAACCAAUGAGUAUAGUAUGGCUUACGUGUAAUUUCAGGGGUCUCGUGAGUAGUAUAGAAGCAUUUAGACUUAGAUGCUUAAUGUUAUAGACUCAAAAGUGAAAUUAGAAAUGACUUUUGUAUAAUAUUACACUCUAUAGUAUCAACUCUU